GGCGCGAUGCGAUCCUCUUCCUCACCCGGCUGUGCUGCGAUUCGCAUCAAGGUAGUCGUCUCUCGGCUUCCGCGAUAGACUUUUCAAUCUUGCGCUUUGUUAAUUUGAGAACGGUAUCGGUCUGUUCUAAUAUCUAUAAACUUCGAAUCUUUCAAUAUUCGCGUACUUAUCUCGAUGUUAACGAUACAACUUGGACAUUAAAUUCAAUUUUGAUUUAAAAAAGUGAAACUUAAUCAUCUAAACUCUCUUAAAUGUUGAUAAAAUUUUAAAGCGAUUAACAUUUAUUUUAACAAAAUUUAUUUUAGAGAUAAUUAAAUUGUGGUAGCAUCCCGCAAAUUCUUUUGCGAUUUAUUCCAUAUUCUUCAUGGUAGAUCAUAGCGUGACUAUCCGCUGCUACUUCCGUGACAUUAAUAAAACGCGUUGCGUUUAAGCAUUGGAUUAAAACAAUCGAAAAAUCUUGCUCUCAAGAGCAACAUUUCUCCACUUCGAUAAUCUAUCAAAGCGACGAGAUUCCGUUUUGUAACAAAAUGACCUCGGAGGGUACCUCCGACGAUCUGGGCUUGGCGAAUUGGACGCCGGAAAUGCCCACUGUACAGGAGAUCAGCGAAUCAAUGCAGAAUUUUGGUACAUCCGAUUACACCGUGUUCGCGGUGAUGCUGAUUGCCUGCGGCUUCGUCGGUAUUUAUUUUGGCUUCGUGAACAAAUCUUCAGGCGAGGAUGAGUAUCUGGUCGGCGGAAGGAACAUGAAGACAUUUCCAGUCAGCCUUAGCCUGAUAGCGAGUUUUAUAUCGGGUAUCUCAUUGCUGGGUACACCGACGGAGGUUUACGUGCACGGUACAAGUUAUCUCUUCAUCGGUUGCGCGGUCAUCUUCGUCGGUCUCAUCAUGUCCAUCGUAUUUCUGCCAGUCUUUCACGAUCUUAAACUUACCAGCACAUACGAAUAUCUCGAGAAGCGUUUCGACAAAAGGAUCAGAUUGUUAGGUUCGAUUCUCUUCGCCAUCGGUAUCAUGACUUGGCUGCCGAUUGUCAUCUAUGUACCCGCAUUGGCUUUCAAUCAAGUUACGGGGGUGAAUGUUCACAUAAUAACUCCUUUUGUGUGCAUUGUUUGCAUAUUCUACACCUGUGUGGGCGGUCUCAAGGCAGUAGUAUGGACGGAUUUCAUUCAAACUUUCAUCAUGUUCGGUUCCAUGUUGUUAAUUAUAAUUAAGGGCACAGCCGACGUCGGUGGAUUGUCUUUGGUGAUUCGAAGAAAUCUAGAAUCCGGAAGACUCGAAUUACCCACGAUAGAUUGGAGCCCUUUGACAAGACACACGAUUUGGGCGCUUACGAUAGGCGGUUUUGUACAUUGGCUGCAAAUUUCCGCUAUUAAUCAAAAUAUGAUUCAACGAUACUUGUCGCUUCCCACUUUGCAAUCAGCUAGAAGAGCACUCUGGUGUUUUAUAAUCGGAGUUUUAAUUUUAAUUGGUAUGUGUGGAUAUGCUGGUCUACUAAUUUAUGCUUGGUAUCACGAAUGCGAUCCACUCACGACCAAGCUGGCACGUGCCAAGGAUCAAUUGCUACCUCUGCUGGUCAUGAACGUUUUAGGAAAAUUUCCAGGACUGCCCGGUCUCUUCGUGGCUGGCGUGUUUAGCGCCGCACUCAGCUCGCUGUCGACUGGCUUAAACUCUAUGGCGGCAGUAGUACUAGAAGACUUUGUCAAGCCUUUCAUCAAAACUCCGUUUACACGUAGAAAUGCCGAUAUCUUCAUGAAGCUUACAGUUGUCGUUUUGGGGGCGACGUGCGUCGCCCUUGUCUUUGUCGUCGAACAAACAGGCAUUCAUGUGCUGCAGUUAUCCAUGAGCCUGGGUGCCAUUACUAGCGGACCGUCUCUCGGCAUUUUUAGCAUGGGAUUAUUGUUACCGUGGAUUAACGGCAAAGGUGCUCUGAUCGGAGGACUCGCGGGUCUGAGCUUCAUGAGUUGGCUCGGUCUUUCCGCUGAAGCGGCCAUCGCUAGUGGACAAAUUAAAUUCGAUGUGAAACCCGUCACUACGGAGGGAUGUGCUUAUUCGUUCCCGCAAGUGGAAAAUUUACUGUUAUCUGUACCGCCGGAUUCGAUUUUCAACGAUGCGAAUGGAGAGGAACCAUGGGCAUUGUACCGUCUCAGUUAUCUUUGGUACACCAUGACCGGUGCCUUAAUGACUAUAAGCGUCGGUCUCCUCGUAACUCUUAUUACCUCUCAAAAUGUUGAAAAAUUAGAUCCGAUGCUCCUGGCGCCAUUUAUGAGAAAAUAUUUGAAGACUUCAAGCAAAGAUAUCACUCCCGAAGAGCUUCAUCAGGUCAAGAUUGCGAAAUCUGAAAAGGACGAAAAAACGGCAUCUCGAACUAUCAAUGAAGAUGAUAAAUUAUUAGAAGCGACUUUGACAUGAUAUGUAAUAUACAGUUCAGUUAUAAAAUUAAUGAAUGUAUUAUUGAAUUUCCAAAUGUAUUAAAAACGAUAGCAUAUUUCGUAACUCGGCGAUAUCGUUUUGUAUAACUAAAGUUCGAAUUGUACUAUAACAGAAGCUUUGUACAAAGUUCAUAUAUGUGAUAUUAUACAUAUAUAUUCCUGGUAGCAUUGUUAUAUGUACAUUGUUAAAAUUAUUAUAGAUCGCUGUGCAUAUUAUUUUUACUUAAGCGCAAUAAAGGAUACGAAGACAUUGUAUAAUAAUUUUACUAA